AUGGCGUCGUUGCGAAGUAAUCGUUAUGUAAAUAAGAGUAUUUCAGAGUUUCAAGAAGCAAAUCGGAGUCCGAUUUACGGUUAUAAAAAGCAGAUGUUAGUGACAUUGGAAGAAUCGGCUGAAAAACUUCACCCAUUUGUAAAUGAUAUUAUGAAAUAUGUCGAUGACGCUAAACAAAAAUGUAACAGACAAAUCAAUAUAUUAACCUGGGAUGAAUCCGCUGCGAUUUAUCUUUAUACCAUGUCGACACCGUUCUUUUCAGCGCUAAACGAUACACUCCGAGCGGAAGAUCGCUAUGCAUUAAAGCCUUGGUUUCCUUUCUUGAAAUUGUUUUUGAAUGCCCUGGAAAAAUUACCAUCAUCCGCGACAACAGUCUGGAGAGCCGUAUCCGGAGAUACAGACAAUUAUUCAUUGCAGGAUGAUGUUAAGAUUUGGUGGAGUGUCAACUCUUCUUCAACAGCACUUAAUGUCGUUCAAAUUUAUUUAGGCGAUCGAGGAACUCUGUUUGCGAUUGAAACGAUACACGGCAAGAAAAUUGAUGAAUAUUCGGCCUUCCCGGACGAGCAAGAAGUGAUCAUCAUGCCAGGAACAUUUUUGAAAAUUGAAAGUGAACCGUUGAAUUUUAUUGAUCGACUUUUAGUUGUUCAUCUAAAAGAAGAAGCAAUAGGUCAACAAAAUCAUGAAACCACGAAUUUAAACUCAUCGCCAAAUGCAAAUGUCCUAUUACCAUCUUUGCCAAUUGAAAAUUUUGCUUUUCGAAGCUCUCCAGAUGUCAUGUGA